AUGUCGGCUCAAUCACCUUCCUCAGAUGACAAGAAGUCUUCCAAGAUCCAUAAAUUUGGGACGCAUCUCGCAUGGAAACAGAAGACAGCCACCCGACUCAUCGCCAGUGGCUCAACGAUGAUCGACCUCGCGUCCAAAGAGAAGAAAUCAACUCGCGUCUUCCACGUCCACAAGGCUCUGCUGUGCUUCUACUCUCCAUACCACGACAAAUUGCUCAACGGAUACUUUGUCGAAGGCACUAUCCCAUGUCAACAACCGAUCGUUCAAGAAGUCAGAGCAGAAAUCCUGAGGCUCUUCUUCACCUGGCUCUACUCAGGAAAUGUGGACCUGACUCUGCCCAAAUUGGAUGGCUCCAACACCAGUUACUAUUGGAUGAUUGUCACCAAAUUCUACAUCUUUGCGGACUCUAUCAAUUGCGUCGCAUUGCAGCGCUCCAUCAUGACGUCCCAGCCAAUGCAUAUCUCCAAAGAAUGCAAGACUUUGCCUCCUCCUUCCGCCAUCGAACUCCUUUCGGCAACUGCACUGGAGUCAUCUCAUCUGUACCAAUACAUGGUUGACUGUUACCAAAGCCACUGGGACGGCGUCUGGCAGGAUGAUGAUCAGGCUGAAGAUGAGAUCGAUGAGAAGGUAAAAAUCGUCGUCUGGCAGGAUGAUGAACAGGCUGAACAAAAGAUCGAUGAGAAGGCAAAAAACGGCGAUCCCUUACCUCCCAACUUCGCCUACCGCAUCCUGGUCAGGGGACUUGCUGUGAAGAAAGAGCAGAAGCACGAUGGCUGCCGCUGCUGUUACGACAGAUGCUUCUACCAUGGUCACAGCAUCUGGGAUUCUGAAGAGCGCGGAGCCAGAUGCAACUCUCGCGAGGAUGCACUCGAAGAAGAUCAAGAAGAAGACCCAAGCGUCGAUACAGAUACCGAAUUUGACACUGAUACCGAGUACGAUACUGAAACUGAUUCUGUCACCGAUGAUGCUGAAUCUAAAUCUGUCACUGAUUUUGAUAUCGACAUGACUCAUGACUUCGGCAGCGACUCGGAGAACGACGCUGAUUUCGAUGGCGAUCCUGAUCUCUCAGGCGAUUCAGAGACCGUGAUUGAGGAGAACGAGAAGAGGGUGAAGAAGAAGGAGAAGAAGAAGAGGGGGAAGAAGAACAAGGGAGCGACCGCUAACACCAAGCGCGUCAAGAUCACUUGA